GUCCCGCAGAGCGGCGACUGGAGGCAAGCAUCCCGGCUCCGGAGGAUGCGGCUGGACCAGGAUGCUGCCGCGCCUGAUACCGCAGCUUGCGGCCCUCCUCAGCCUGCUCCUCGGCUCUCGCGCGCACGAACUGCCCAGACCUUCAUCUGCGUGGUUUGAAGCAGAAUUUUUCUACCACGUCCUCCACUGGACUCCCAUCCCGAAUCAGUCUGAAAGUACCUACUAUGAAGUGGAGCUCCUGCGGUAUGGAGUAGAGCCCAUCUACUGGAACCCCAUCCGCAACUGUAGCCAGACCCUGGUGCUGUCCUGUGAUCUCACCAUGCAGACCCUGGACCUGUAUCAUAGCAAUGGUUACCGAGCCAGAGUCCGGGCAGUGGACGGAGGCCAGCACUCAAACUGGACCUCUCCCAACACCCGCUUCUCUGUGGAUGAAGUGACUCUGACAGUUGCUGGCGUGAAGCUAGAGAUGCGCAAUGGCAUCAUUCUUGGUGUGAUCCAGCUCCCCAGGCCCAAGAUGGCCCCUGCAGGCGACACAUAUGAAAGCAUCUUCCACAACUUCCGGGAGUACGAGAUUGAGGUUCGCAAGGUACCAGGACAAUAUAAGUCCCAUGACAAGAUAAAACAUGAAAACUUUAGCCUCCCAGUCCCGAGAGGGGUGGGAGAGUUCUGUGUCAGGGUGAAACCAUCUGUCAGCUCCCGAGUGAACAAGGAGGUCUGGUCCAAGGAGGAGUGCAUCGUGCUCACCCCGCAGUAUUUCACCGUGACCAACCUCAGCAUCUUCUUCACCUUUGUCCUGCUGCUCUACGGAGCCCUGGCCGUCUUCCUGGCCCUCCAGCUGUAUGUGCAGCACCGGGGGAAGCUGCCUACCGUCCUGGUCUUCAAGAAGCCCAGUCCCUUCAGCCUCAUCAGCCAGCUUUCCUGCCCAGAGACCCAAGACACCAUUCAUCCCCUCGAUGAGGAGGCCUUCCCCAAGGUGUCCCCAGAGCUGAGGAACUCGGAGCUGCACGGCAGCACGGACAGCGGCUUCAGCAGUGCCAAGCCAUCCCUGCAGACUGAUGAGCCCCAGUUCCUCCUCCCUGCCCCCCACCCCCAGACUGGGGGUACUUUGGGAAAGGGGGCGACCCGGUUGCCGGAGAACAGCUGCAGUAGCGGCGGUAGCAAAAGUACAGACAGCGGGAUCUGCUUGCAGGAGCCCAGCCUGAGUCCUGGCACGGAGCCCAACUGGGAGCCGCAGGUGGGGAGCGACAGCCGGGACCAGGAUGACAGUGGCAUUGGCCUGGUCCGGAACUCUGAGGGGCAGCCUGAGGGUGUUCAGGGUGGCUCAGCUUUGGACCAUGUUAGUCCCCUGGGACCGGAGGUGGCUGCGGGAGAAGACCCAGCCGCAGGGGCCUUCCAGGGCUACCUGAAGCAGACCCGGUGCCCGGAGGAGAGGGCAGCCGAGGCAGGCGGCCUGGAAGAAGAGUCCUCCUCAACAGAUGGCCUUGGCCCCAAAUUCAGGACAUGCGUGGAUGCUGAGGCGGACUGGCCUCUACCAGCCCUGGCCAAGGGCUAUUUGAAACAGGACCCCCCAGAAAUGACUCUCCCUCCCUCAGGGGCCCCAGCUGGACAGUGGAACCCACCAACUGAGGAUUGGUCACUCCUGGGCUUGACCAGCUGUGGUGACCUUGGAACAUCUGACUGGAGCUUUGCCCAUGAUCUUGCCCAUCUGGAGUGUGUGGCAGCCCCAGGCGGUCUCCUGGGCAGCUUUGACUCAGACCUGGUCGCCCUGCCGCUGAUCUCCAGCCUGCACUCAAGUGAGUGACUCAGGCUAAAGGGCUGCUUUUGGUUUCCGCUGCACCCUGCCUGGACCCAGAGGGGCCCCAGGGGAUGAAAGUGAAGCACAAGGCCAGUCUGGGCACUUUUCUGCAAGCGUAGUGAGGCCAGCGCCAGGCCUGGUAAGUGUCCAGGGCAGGAGGAAACUAAACUAGCACAGGGUACAUAGGUGGCAUUGGCCUCCUGUGCAGACGGGGCCCUGCAGACUCUGGCGGAGCUGAGAAGGGCAGGGCGGAGAUCUCCACCUCCUUGGGACACUUCCCACAUUGUAAAGGACUGCUUGCUCAGGGGAAUCAUGGGGCUUUUUGGAGCUGUGGUGAGGCCACCAGGCUGAAGUCAGCUCAGCGAGCCAGGCCCCCCUCCUGAGGCCAGCCGUGUGUCAGGGCCUCCAGCAGGAUAGAGGGCUGAGAGGAUGGAAGCUUCAGGGCCUCGCUGCAGGGGCCAUUUCUAGGAGGUAAAGGAGGGAGCAGGGGCCAGAGGGAGCUGAGAUCCAGAAGGGGGCUUCUGGCUCAGAAUCCAGUGCUCUGGGGAUGUCUUGUGUCCAUCUGCAGACAGCGCCCUCUUUCAAGCAAAUACAGAAGCAUCCCCCUGGGGCACUUGGAGUGGCCAAGCCACGCACUACCCUCACCCUGCUGCCCACACCAUCUUGCUGACAGUACCAGCGAAGCCAUGGGUGUUUGUACUGGUCAAAACUCAGGCCUUCCGGUGGCCUCUAGGCUUGGACGCCACCUUAUCUGCCCAAGAGGGUCAGGGUUAGGACCUGCACUUGUGUUUGCUGCUGACGUCCAGCUACAGGACAGGACACUGGGGUGGGACCUCUGUUCAAUGAUCAGCUGUGCGACCUUGGGCCAGCCACUUCUCAGAGGGCCUCAGUUAUCCCAUCUGUGACGUAAAGAAUCUCUAGGGGACCCUUCUAGAUGGACGGAUGUUAGCCAAGCUGGCUUCUGGGGUGACAUCUCCAACCCCAACUGACCCUGGGUAGGGAGGAAGCCGUGCCUGCACAGAGCCGGCUUCUUUCCCAUGCCGCGGGCUAACUGAUGUAGCAAGAGCGCAUGGCACUGUGCUGAGAGAACAACCAGACCCUGGGCCCAGAGAGGGGGCAGGUGUGGGCCCUGCUUCCCCGCAGUCAGUUUAGAAUCUGUCUGCAAAGCCAGUUUACAGUCCGUGGGCAGGGAACCUGGGAGGGGUGAUAGGCCUGGGGUGUGCCCCCCUCCUCCCGCCAAUUCAUCCUCAGCCCUGUGUUCUCCGUGGCAUUCUGGGAAUAGACAUCAGGCCCGGGGAAUCCACCCAGAGUCCCUUCCACUCUGCCAGGAAGCUCGUAGGCGCCAGUCCGAUAAUAACUCCCUCUAGAAACAGGCUUGAAGGAGGGGUUUCUCAGCGUUUCCUUGGAAGGUUUAUUUAUUUAUUUUGUUCAUUUAUUUAUUGAAGAGGCAGCGAGAUACAGGGAAAGAAUUCUGGGUAUUUCGAUAGCCUAGGAGUUCUCAUUCUGAUUUCACUGUUUCUAGCCGUGUGACCUUGGGAAAGCCACUUUUCCUCAUCUGUGAAACCAGAAAACGUUGUCUGACUUGUUUCAUUCAUAAGGGUGUGAGGUUCCACUGAGGACGAGGAUGUGACUGUGCCUUGGACACGGGCUCUGUAAAUGAGUGACGUGUGUUUUUUCUUCCAAUAAAUUGUCAGAACCACAGGAA